GGGUCGUCGGAUUUACAAACAAGCGCUAGUCUUGGUUCUUUAAAUUGUGUUUGUAGAUUCAAAUUUUAGAUACUUAUUUGUAGGUAUUUCGGAGAAUGUUUCAAAACUAAGCACAAAACACUGAAAUUAUUUUAUCUUAUCUGUAAAAUAAUUUGAUUAUUGAAAUUUCAUCUUCUUCCUCAAAUCUGUCUUAAAAUUAUGUGACUUUCUGAAAAAAAUAAAAAAAAAUCUCUAAAGAAUAAAUAUAGUGUGAGCUGUCAUCAUAGGUCCUCAUCCUACAAAUUUGCAUCGUAUUUUAUAUCAAAACGAUGGAAAGUUAACAUAAAAGCCGCGUGGGAUGGCCCCAGUGCUCCGUCACUGUCCUUGCCUCCGUCCCGAGAAUGAUGAUGUUCGACUUUUAGAGUACAGUCAUUCAAAUCUUGAUGAUGUGCCAAACGAAGUGUUCGGUUAUGAAAGGACCCUAGAAGAAUUGUUUUUAGAUGCCAAUCAAAUUAAAGAUCUUCCACGACCUUUAUUCCACUGCCAUGGUCUAAGAAAACUAAAUUUGAGUGAUAAUGAGAUUCAAACAUUACCUCCAGCAAUUGCUUCACUCAUAAAUUUAGAAUACUUAGAUAUAAGUAAAAAUGGUAUUUUAGAAAUUCCGGAAAGCAUAAAAGGAUGCAAGUGCCUUACUGUGAUUGAUGCGAGUGUGAAUCCUUUAGGAAAACUUCCUGAAGGAUUCACAUUUCUCAUUAAUCUACAUGAACUUUAUCUAAAUGACACAUUUUUGGAAUAUCUGCCAGCAAAUUUUGGAAGAUUAGCUCAUCUGAGAAUUUUGGAGUUGAGAGAGAAUCAUCUAAAGCUUCUACCAAAAUCUAUGGCAAGACUUGUUGAGCUCAGUAGGCUAGAUAUUGGGCAAAAUGAUUUUUCUGAAUUGCCUGAAGUUAUUGGAAGCUUACCAAGAUUAGUUGAGCUGUGGUGUGACUGUAAUAAUUUGAACUGUCUUCCACCAUUUCUGGGAGGUCUUAAAAAAUUAGCAUAUUUAGAUGCAAGUAAAAAUAAAAUCUAUGAAGUUGCUGAUGAAAUUGAAGGUUGUAUAAGCCUUUGUGAUCUUACUCUGUCAUCUAAUCGUAUCAAAGUACUUCCAGAUGGAAUAGCUAAUCUAAAAAGGUUAACAGUUUUGAGAGUUGAUGAAAAUCGAAUGGUUUCAGUGCCUGAAAAUAUUGGAAAUUUAUGUAAUUUAGAAGAAUUAGUACUAAGUUCAAACAACUUGAAAAGUUUACCUCCUAGUGUUGGCUUAUUACGAAACUUAAAAACUUUGAUUGCAGAUGAUAAUUUAUUGGAGGAACUUCCAUCUGAGAUUGGAAGCUGCCUGAAACUAACUAUUUUGUCUUUAAGAGACAAUAAAUUGGUACAGAUACCUGAUGAGCUUGGGCAUGUCACUGCAUUAAAAGUUAUCAAUUUAAGCGGUAACCUUUUACAGUAUCUGCCAUUCAGCAUUGCAAAACUCCCUAAUCUGCAAGCAUUAUGGCUGUCUGAAAAUCAGAACAAACCACUGAUUCCACUCCAGUCUGAUACAGAUAGAGUGACAGGAAUUAAGGUGCUGACCUGUUUUAUGUUACCACAAGUACCUCUGGAAGAAGAAGUUAAUGAAGUGGAGAAAUCUGAAGCUGAUAUACCAGAUACUGGCAAAGGCAGACACAUCAUCAAGUUUGCUUUUGAUGCUGAAAAAGACCAACCAAGCAAACUUGUUCGUGCUCCUACUCCAUAUCCCAAAGAGUUAAAAGCACAUGCUCGCCAUGCUAGAAAUUAUGCCCUGAAGAAGCAAGGUUCUAAAGAUUCUGAUGGAAAUGAAGUCAUAGAAAAUUCACAGGUGGGAGAUGCAGUUGAAGGUUUGCAUCCCACAGGAGCUACACCUGAUAUCAUGAUUUUACCUACACUCCCACCUAAAGAAUCUAGUAAAGUGAAAGAAGCAGCUGUUAUUAAGCCAAGAUCUCCUGUUUCCUCUCCUCCAAAGCAUGAAAGGCAUUAUAUUCCAAACAUUAAGGAUCCAUCUUCUCAAGAGGGUGAAAUCAAACAGAUUACAUUUUUGGAGCAAAAUCCUCUACAGCUUGGUCAUCAAACAAGUUCUGAUAUCAUUGGGGCUGAAAUUACUGAAAAAAUGCUUGGCAGGCGAGAUUCUCGAGGAGAUGGAUCAUCUAGUGAGAAUACAUCAACAUCAGCAACUGGAUCUCCUAAACUAACACCAGAUGGCAUUCUAAUGGAUAGUUGUAAUCAUCCUCUUAAAAUGGAUAAAGAUGGACUUUUCAAAAAAAAUGUUCCAGUUCCUGGUAAAAGGGAUACUUGGAUGAGGCAACGCCUUUUGAAACAAGGAAGUGGUGACAGUGACAGAGGUUAUAGAAGUGAUCAUGAAGUUUAUAUAUCUGAAAAGGACCAAUAUGGCCAGGGUUAUCAUGAUGGAUAUGCAAGUGAUUGGGAAGCCUUCCUUGCUAAACAAAAUUAUAAUGGCCCUGUCAAUCCAGAAUCUGUUCCUGGUGCUCAACAUUAUCCAAGAACUAUGCAUCCUCAAGGAAGUUUAGACUAUCGUGGGCAUGCUGAAGGUCAAGAAAUCAAGGGGGAAGGGGAAAGAGAUGGUUAUGUUCUUCCCUGGGAUGGCCGUUAUCACUAUUCUAAUGAAGGUGGUGCUGUUUUAGUUGAAGAUGAAUACCAAGCUCGAAUGACUCCUCCAUAUAAUAAUUAUUGGCAGAUGGAUCCAGCUUCAGGCCAAUUUUAUUCAGGUUAUGAUAUGAGUCAUUCAUAUCCUCCUGGUGCAGAAAAUACUUCUUAUGUAUAUAAUCGAAAUCCACCAUCAGAACCUCCGCCUUUGCCACCACAACCAUAUUACGAGGAUUGUGAUGGAUAUAAGCACAUUGCACCUCAGUUUUGGUUGCAACAUCCUCCAAAUCCUGCCCCAGUAAUUUGUAAUAAUCCAGGAACUAUACCCAGAAGAUUAGGUACUGCUUCACCACGUUUAAAACGAUCACAGUGUUUAAGUGUCCAGGCUCCUUUACAUGGUACACCUCAAGAGUAUCAUCUAGUACCACACCAGCCUGGGAACUUAAGACCAACUGUUCCAAAUAGCUCACCUCGACCAGGACGCUCACCUUCACCUGGAAUCGAGAAUCGAAUUCCUGUGCAAUAUUCCUCCCAGACAUAUCAAAAAUAUCCCCCUCACUUCCAGCCACCUUAUCCUGUUCAAGGAUAUCCCAUCACAACUCAACCUGUAAAUACAUCACAGUUUCCCCCUGGUGUCCAUUCUCACUAUCACAGUAAUUAUCAAACUCCAGUACCUGUAUAUCCUACUCUACCACCAUCUCCUCGAAUGAAACAUACAGGACAUCCUUACGGAGCAUCUGCUGUAGAUGAUUCAGCAUUGGUUUCGAGACCAUAUCCUAUGGUACCUACAGCCAAUGUUCAUAAAUCUGCUUAUUAUCCCCCAAAUGCUCAAGGUGACAAUCUUGAUCCAAUUUAUCAUCAUAGACUUCAAUCAUCUGUUAAUCCUGAAGAUUUUGAAAAAGUGCAAGAUGCCGAAUAUGGAGUUGCACCAUCUGGCUCUUUACAUUAUCGCAGUGGAUCCAUUCCUGCUCAGAUACAAAAUAUUGAGUCAUGUGGUGUAGCUGAUGUACAGCAUCUUAAUCGCUCAGUGCCAAGCAUUAAUAUCAUUCCUAGUACAUCUCCACCUCAAACAUCUUAUUUGGCUGAUACCGAAAGCUGGAGAGGUGAUACUUCCAAUAUUACUUCUACAAAACCUGCUUCAGACGCUUCAUCUUCAGUACGUUCGAAUGCAACGAAACCUGAUAGCUCAUCAUCUGCUAAUCACGUUAUUGACACAGAUGAUGCUAAAUUUAACGAAAAGCCUCUAACUAUGAAUGAAGAUAAAAAUCUUAAUGCUGUUGAGGAAUCACAUCCUGAUAAUACUCAGAAUGAUUCUUCAACUAAAAUGAAUAAGAACAAAAUGAAUGAAAAAGUAGCUGAUACAUAUUCACAAGAGGCAAAUUCUUAUACUGUCAUCUCACCAAAGCCUAGUAAAAUAGUUCCUCAGUCAAAUGUUAUAAACUCACCAAAUCCCAAUAAAGAUGUUAAAUUAAGUUCUGGUUUGAAUGAAAACCAAACAGGUUUCCGGCGACCAGGCUGUUUCCAAGCUGUUCCAAUGAACAUUCCAAGUGUACAUUCUGUUGCUCGUAAAAUCGAACCAGUUGUGAAUGAUAAAAAGGAAAUUUCUGAAAUGAAGAAGAAUGAAAUUUGUGCUAACCAUACAACUGAGCAUAUGGCACUUGAUGCAUAUAAUCCAAGGAUGAAGCCUUCUCAGAUAGAAUCUGAGAUUAAACAGUCACACUCAACUACCAAUUCACCAAAUCCAUCUGGUUCCAUUUCUGAAAAUAAAAAGACUUCCGGUUAUGUUGGUGGUAUUAUCAGCAACUUAAACAAAUCAUUAAAUGCACAAAAUAAAGAAGUGGAGUUGGAUCAGAAAUCAAAUCCUAGGAAAAGUAUUACAGAUCAGCAUGCAUUGGACAGAGACAAAAUUGACAGCAACAAAUCAGAAAAGCCUCCACCUAAGCCUGCUACUAAGCCUGGCUAUCCAGUUCAGAUAUUAACUAAUGUUGGAUUGCAAUCUGAUAGAACAAUUGAUCGGCCUCCAGAUUUGCCCAAGAAAGACAGAACUGCUGUAACUAUGAGAAAUAUCAUUCCAGUAUCUGAAAACAGAGUUAAUACAUCUGCAACCCAAAAUUUUAAUAAAAGUUACCCUCCUGAAAUUCAUAAAGCUAAUGCUGAAAGAAAUCAAAAAUUCUUAGAUAGGCCUAGAAAAGUAAUGGAGGAUACAGCUAAUGUUUCUGAACAAUCAAAAUCUUUGAAUCCGCAAAAUAAAAUAACUACAGAGAAUAAUAAAAAUAUGAAAAUUACUCAACACAGCUCAAAAGACUAUGUUACAAAUAAUCAGAGUAAACAAAUGCAGCAUACUAUUGAAAACAAAGCUUAUACUAGUCAUUCUUCAUCUAAUCAAUCGGAAAACAGUAAAAUAUCCACAGAUAAAAGAUUUCAAAGAGUUUUACCUCCAAUUGAUGCUACUUUCCAACUCAAACCCUGCAAUACAAGGAGAAGUCCUAGUAAUUUUGACCAGACUUUAGAGGAUAGUGGUAAUCAACUGACUGAUAAUCAAAUUAACACAUCUAACAAAGAUACUUCUAAAAUUUCUGGGCAUUCAGCACAACCAAAAACUUCUUCAGCUUCCACCAAACAAGAUUCUAAUGAACCUCCAACAAUUCCACCAAAGCGCUCAUCUAUGGGCAUAAAUUUCGGAUUAAAUGAUUUACCACCCAAAGCUGUAAAACACGAUAACAAUUCAGAAAGAAAUAUCUCUGGUAGGCAAUUAGAAAGGACAAAUUCGUUGAGUGAGAAUGAACAAGUGAAUGAUAUAAAUGAAAUGAAUAAGGUUUCAAAGCUGCAUGUAGAUAUAGUUCAAGCCAAAGAUGUUAACAAUGAAAAAAAUGAACAGUUGCAGAAAGGAAAUAUGCCUGAUUUACUCAGUCGAAUUGUGGAUGAUGACAAGAACGAAUUAAUUAUUCUUGAGCAAUCAAAUAGAGUAUUAAAAAGUGUCAAAAGUGAAGAAGAUGAGCUUUCUAAAGAUAAUUUUUCUUUUAAUAAAGAAGAAAGUGUGAAAGAUAAUAUUCCAGAAUCUCCUAAAUCUCCAAAGCGUCAAUCUUGGUUUUUUGGCACUCAUAAAAAUUCUUUGGUUUUUCCUGUGAUUUUGUCCAAAAAUCCUGAACUUGGAUUCUCUAUUGAAGGUGGCAUUGGUACUCCAAGAAAUCCUGGUAAACCUUAUGAUAGUGGAAUAUAUGUAGCUCAAGUUUUGGAUGAUGGACCUGCAAAUAAUUUAUUGAAACCUGGUGAUAAAAUAUUACAGGUUGAUGGGAAGGAUUUUACUCAGCUGGACCAUAAUAAAGCUCUUGCACUUUUACAAGAAAGUGGUGCGACUGUAUCAUUGAUGGUUUCUAGACAGUAAGAGAAGUUAUUGAAUGUGAUAUUGUAUCAUGUUACUGGAUACACUAAUAAAAAGAGAGUAAUAAAAAUAUAAGAUAAGUUCCAUUUUGAAAUGUAUCUCCGCAAACAAAUGCUGCAGAGAAAAAAAAAAAUGUUUUAAUAGUAUGGUUUAAAAUUUUAGAAAAAUGGGAUCUGAUUUUACUUAUUAAUACUUUUAUGUACAAUUUCAUUUUUUAUCUUGCAUCUCAUAUAAAGCUAUAAUUCCAUGAUCAACUGUUAUUAUUUUACUAUUUAUUAUAAAAUUAUAUAUAAUAUGCAUUAAAUGUUUCUAUGUCGCAAAGUAUUUUUUUAAAUAUUCAAUGAAAUUGAUAUAUAUAAUUUCCAUUUUGAUAUUUUUUUAAUAAGACUCAUCAAGUGAAAAAAAUUAUUUAUUAUUAAAAAUUGCUUUUAGUAUAUUGACCAUUCCUUCAGCACUUGUUUUGCUGAGAGAAAAUACUAUGUGACAGGCAAAGAAUGUUCACUUGCAAAUAAACAUACUACAAUGAAAAUAAAAUUUAAGGAUCCCUUGUGAAAUACAAAACAAUAUUUCUGAAAAAAGAAAACUGAUACAGCUUGUUUUCAUGAUUUUGAAUGUCAAAUCAUUUUAUAUUUGUUAGAUAGAGCUUUUUUCAUAUGUGCGAAGUUAAUGUGAUCUAUAAAUUUUUUCUUGUGUAAAUAAGUUUAUAAGUAGAGUGAGGUAGGUAGCUCUAAACUAUUGAAAUGUUGUCUCAAUGUUUAGAAAAGUGCAGCAUGUUAUUUCAUUUGAAAAAAAAAAAAAUGUCUUUCAUUAAAUUUGCUUUGCUUUUUGAUUUAUUGAAUUGCAUGAAUGUCUUUUAUUGUAAAAUUUUAAAGUUGGUGUGCAGUAUGUUUGGUGCUAAUACAAUAGGAAGUUUUUGAAUUGUAAAUAUUUAUAUAAAUAAACAUAUAUACAUAAAAUAUAUAUUUGUAAUGAGAGAUUUGUAGUUUUGAUUGUUGAUACAACUUAAGAUAUUAGUAUUAAUGCUAAAUAUACAUUUUUUUAGAAACAAAUGUAAGCAGUGUUUGCUAUGUCUUGACUGGUAAGGUUGCUCAAAAAUAUGUGGCAAAGUGUCUAUGAAAACAAUCUCUUCAUAAUUUCUACUAAUAUUCAAUAUUAAAUGUUUUGUAGAAACGCUAGUAUAAACCCCAUUUUUGAAUUCUUAUUGUUCUUUGUAGAAUUUUCCUGUACUGACUUUAACAAAAAAAUGUUAUACCAAAUAAUUAAAAUUUUAAGUGAUAUUACUUUUUUGUGUAUAAGAAUUUCAAAGAAAAAAAAUGGAUGCAUUAAUUGUACUUAAGUAGAUUCCUUUGAUGGUAGUUUCUAUAAAAUUAGCUCUUUAUUUAGAUAUCUUUAUAAUAGGAAUGAUUUCAAUAGAUUUACAUGCAUUGCCUUGAGUCAGUUUCCUAUAUUCCUUUGCAGAUAUAGAACUUUUUAAAAAAUGUUGUUUAAUUCUUAAUAUUGAUGGAGUUUUCUCAGAAGUUUUUCAACUUAAAUGAAAUUUAAAAAUUGUUAACUUUUUUUGACUGAAAUAUGAUUGUUAAAUGUUUUGAGCUAUUGUAAGAUUAAAAUUUUAAUACUUUUCUCCCUGUUGGUGUCAUAUAAACUUGUUACUUACAGAAGACAUAUUUAUUCAUUAAAAAAUUUUUGAGAGAUUUAAUAAUUUAUAGAAUGAAUAUAUAUGUAGAAAAUAUAAUGCAUUGAAGUUUGAAGAUAUACAAUUACUCAUGUAUAUAUCUAUUGGAACCUAAGAACUAAAGCAACGAAUAUGGAUGCAUCACAACAUUGUAUUGAUAUAAUAAUUGCUUUUCACUGUGCCAAAAAUCUUAUAAUUGAAUUCCAUGAGUCAGUGUAUUUACAUGAAAGUUUAAAGUUGAUAACAAUGAUAAAAUCUAAUAAAUAUGUGAACAUUUUUUUUUAAAUAUUCAGUUCAUUCAUAAUGUAUUUGAAUGACUGAUUAUAGAAAUUCAUAAUAUAAUUUUCUUAAUGAUUGUAUAUGGGUAUAAAAUUUCAUAUUAUGCAGUAAGAAAAAGAUAUGGACUAUUUAUACAGGAUUUCUAUUUUGAUUGUGAUCCAGUAGCAAAUUUCCAAGAUUCUUUCAUUUAAAAAAAUAUUUUAAAUAGCAUUAAGAAUUGGAUUAUGUUGUUUUGUUGAAAAAAAUUAUGUCUGUUCAUGUAAGCUCUAUUGAGGAAAAUAUUCUUGACAUGUUAAAUUAAAAAAUAAAUAAAUAAAUAAUAAACAUAUUUCGUGUUAAAAAAAAAAAAAAAAAACUGGCUGAGUAACGAAGUUUUGGAUUUUUCUAUUCUAAAUUAUUUCAAUGGCAUCUCUCUGACUAUCAAUGAGAGGCGCUAACUCAAUGCAGUUAGUUGUUGAAUGAGUUAAAAUAAGAACAUUCAUAGCUUGCUCAAUUAUAGUUGCAGAUUUAUUAUUAUUAUUUUUUUUUGCUUAAAAUGUUUGUGUCAUUUCACUUAUUAUUUACAAUAAUUAAUGGAACUGAAGGAUUGUAAAAGAAAUGUAGACAUUUUAAUUUUUUUCAGCAACAUAUUUAUUGACUCAAAUUUUGGUUUAGAAGUUAACUAUUGGAUCAUGAUUAGAAUGGACACUUCAUGGACUGUGUGAAUGAUAUGCUUCUACUAAUUUGAAUAUGAAUCUUCACAUAGACUACAAUAAUCGAUAGCACAGCUAUAUUUUCUUUAUAAAGGACCAAUUAAUUGUUUUAAGAAAGAAAUUUUCUUGUUAGCUGUUCCUAUGUAAAUUCUGAUUGUAUUUACAAACAAAUGGUUAUUUCAUAUCUGGCAAAUUAAUUGCUUUUUACUUAUGUUCUACUAUUUUUUUUUUUUUUGCAUUUUUACUAAUUAAGUAUGUUAUUAUAUACAAAGAAAUAAUAUUUAUUGAAGAAUCAAAAAGUCUAAUGAGAAUUUAUUAAAAAAAAAUAUAGGAUUAAACUUAAUACAGACACAACACUAAUAAAACUUUUUUUUGUGUGUGUGAAAAUUAAAGCUUAAACAUUUCACAUAAGAUCAUAAAUUUAUUUGUCUGUAUACAUAAUAAAAUUCAGGUAAUCAAAAAACAAGUUUUCUAUAGAAAAAUGCGUGUAUUAAAAAAAUUAUUGAAAAGAUUAUUAAUACUUCAUUUUAGCUAAAAUUAAAAUUAAUAAAACUUUUGAUGGCAAAAGAUGCUGUAUACAGUCGAGCUACAUCAGUGUAGAGUAUAAUGAAACUAUUGUUUUAGAAUAUAAACUAAUUGCUGAUUUAAAUUUUAUUUAAAAUUCUGGUUUUAAUUUAUUUUGUACAACUGCAUUAAUAGCAUAUUUUAAGUGAUGAAAGUGGCACAAUUUACUUUCCUCUUUUAAGAUGAAAGUCGAUUAGAUGUAGUUUAAUAUCAAUCUAGUUGUAAUUGCACAUUUUUAUUACUAUCUGAACAUGAAACAUAUCAUUAAUCUUUAGAGUUUGUGAAUAAAUUCUUAUGUUACUUAUUUCUAAUCUUGUCAGCAACGAAAGCAAUUUUUAUGUAAAAAGUUAUCUUUGCUGAGAGAUCUAUUUCUUAAAACUUGUGCCAAUCAUAAUCAGCUUAUAUUAGAUCAUGGAUGUCACUUGAGAAUCAAAAUGAUAGAUACAUCCAAAAACUAUAUUCAAUGUUAAAAUUGCAUUGAGAUUUUUAAAAUAAGAAAUAGAAUUCUGCUUAUAUUAUGCAAUAAAGUUACAUUUUAUUAAUAAAAACGCCAACGAGAAACCAAAUUAAAUUUUGUAAUUUGAAGAAUCAAAAAACUAAUUCAAUGUGUGUUUUUCCCUGUAUGUGCACUUAAGAAACUGCUUUUUUUUUGUAAUAAUUGAUUGCUGUGUGAUUAAUCAGAUUUAUUCAAACUUUUGCAAAUUAAUAAUGUUAUUUGUAUAGCAGUUGAACAAAUUUUUCUCUUGGCACUAAAUUUUAAAGAAAGUUGGCAAGGAGUGUGUUGAUUGUUAUGAAGUUUAAUCAUUUAUUUAUUACCCAUGCUGUGUUUCAUUAGAAAUAAUGAAGAAUCUCAUCAUGAUUUUUUUUGUAUUGUUGACAUGUAUAUAUGAUCAUUAUAUUAGGUUGUGCCAUUUUGGUUUCUAAUUUUUUUAAUUUAUAUUUUAAAUAGUCAGACUUCAUUUUAAUUACAAAAAUAGCUUGAAGUGUUUAGCUUAGUAUUUGUUGUCAUAGAGCAAUUCUUUUAUUGUACAGUCAUUUCAUAAAUUGUUAACGUUCUAACAUUUGAAAGUCUAGAAUGUACAGAUAAUGUAUACACUUAAUAAAUCUAUAAGAUGUAGAAAUGUUUUAUGUCCUUGUUAAAAAGUACUUCGUUUGUUAAGUUUCUGAAAUGUUUGUAUAUUUUGUCAUUCCAUAAGGGCUGAAGUUGUUUCAUUUUAGAAACAUCUUUCUAGCUUAUUGUCUAAUCAGGAUACAUAACAUUUUUUGGCAUUUAUUUUUUAUGAAUUUUAUUAUUUAUUUUUGAUUUUAUAUAUUCAUUUUUCUCUCCUUUAUAAUAAGUAAAUUGUUUUUAACUACUUACACCAUUUACUACUUGAAGCAUGUGUUCAUUUCAGGAUUUUAUUCUUGAUGUUUUUCUUU